AUGAGGCUGCUAUUGAUCCCGCUCCUCGUACUCUUCUGGGUCUUUACCAAGGCAUUCGAAUUCGACGAUGAUCUUCUCAUGAUAGGAGAUAAUGCAAUGUGGAAUUACAAGGAUUCCAGUAGCUCGAUCUUGGAUUCGGACUCUAUGAAUGAAUGGACACCAAUAUCUUCAAGAAUAUCACCGGGCAGUAGAGACUAUUUCAACUUUGAGGUAAACUCAAAUUCGACAGGCCUUUCUUCAACAUAUGAAAUGCUGAUUUUCCUUAGUGGUAACAUAUGCUCUCAGUCGACACAGAAUAGCUCCGAUUUGGAACUGAAAGUAUUUUAUUCAUUCAAUGAGAGUGUGACGACAAAUCCAGAGGCUGGGAAUUCCGCUUCAUUUGUUGACGGGUACAUGGAAGCUUUAGCUAUCAGGCCAUUGACUGGCAAUGUCAACGUGACUCAAUAUUCAGACCUAUUUCUCAUGGUCGAAGUAGUAAACUCAACAACAGGUCAAGAAGCUAGUGCUACGGAUGCAGAAUAUUUCUGGAAUUAUACCAUUAGUGUUUCUCAAAAUGACUUGGUAUUUCAAUGGGAUUCAAGAGCAUGGCUAGAAGUGGUCGAUACCGACUAUAACACGGCACUUUUAGUCACUGGUAAUGUCACCUCGACCUCGACCUCAGCAUCUAAUUAUUCAAUUUAUGAUACAAGUCUUUACGACUUGUUCAUAUACUCCUAUGACUACGUGGAUUAUUUCGACAACAUUUUAACUCAUUCACUUUGUGCCGUGAAAAAUGGGCCAUACUUGGUUUCCUCAGUCAAUUCGAAAUUAAGUGGCAACUUGACGUCCAUUAACGAGACCGAAUUAGCUAUUGGCAAAUCAAUUACUGUACGAGGAGGCUCUGUGAAGGAGCAAUUCUAUGUCACAGGUCUAAAUAGUUCCGCAACAUACGUUGCAUAUUUGACAAAGAAAAUUUCUAGCGACAACGAAUCUCUGAGUGAUUCUGGGGGGAUUCUAUUUUCCAAGGUGACUUUCACUACUAUGAUUGAUGACUCCUGCUCUUUGAUAUUUGGUUUAGACUUUUGUGAUGGGGUAGCUUACUCAGUACCUACCUCAAGUUUGGCAGUGAAUAAUAAGACUCAGAUCGCCACCUUAUACGACGACAUUGCCAAAUCACUGUAUGCCAACUUCAGUAAUGCAUUAAUGAUCAUUCCUUGCAACGCUGAAAAAGAUGCGACCUUUUCUCCUUUAAGAUCUUGCAAUGAUUGCGCCACUGCUUAUAGAAACUGGCUAUGUGCAGUCAGUAUACCGCGAUGCACCACAUCGAAGACCUCUUACUACAUUCACAGAGAAAAAACGGAUAACAGAAAUGAUUACAUUAAUAGUCAAAUUCAGCCGAUCAGUGAUUACUACGAAAUUUUACCGUGCAUUAAUAUGUGCUAUUCAUUGGUUGUCGACUGCCCUCCUGAUUUUGGUUUCGCAUGUCCCAGCGAAAAUUCUCACUCCGAGCUACUUUAUUUGAGCUACAAUGUCUACGAAAACGAUUUACCUUACGAUACCUGUAACUACGUGGGAAAUUCGAAUAGUCUCAAAAUACUUGACUAG